AUGGAGGAAGAUGAUGACGUGACCUUGGUCGGUAGCCCACCAGGCACCUGUUGUCCAAAUUCACCUACCUUUGGUCCCAUGCCCAAUUCCCUCGAUAUUCCCAGUGGCUCUCCCACUCCAAGCAGCUCCCCGUCUUCUUACAUCAAACCUGCUCUCAAAAAGCCGGUCGAACGUGACCCCUUUAAAGACCUCCUCGAGAUGAUGUUGAUCGACGCCAACGUACAGAAAAUCAGAAGACGCACGACCUCUCAUCCUAUUGAACCCAAGCAAAAGAAGUCCCUCAGAUUUUCUCGUAAUCUGGAGCAAGUUCACUACACUCCCACGCAUUAUACAAUACAGCCGGCCCCUCCCCAUACGCGGCGAAGGAUGAGCAAUCCAUUCUUCACGAAAAUGGAGGAAGAUGGCGUGGCCGAAGGUUACGAGCAGAUGUUGGCCAGGGCCAGGGAGUCCAAACAUUCUGGAAAGAUCAACAUUCCGUUCGCCAAAGAUGGCUCUUGGAUUGGCGGGAAUUCUCUCGAUGAUGAGGAUGACGAGUUUGUGAUGCCACCUCAAUUGGUCAAGUCGCCUCCAAGGAAUAUCUCACGUGGAAUGCCACAACGCAGAUCUGUUGCCAUGCCCGCGGCUUAUACGGUCGCCUCUGCCCGAAAGUUUGUGUCACCUCCGGCCCCGGUCAUUGGUGCGCCACGCAACGCCAUUGAGGUCAAGCAUGUAACCAAUAGGAGAGUCGAUCAUGAAACAAGGGAUUCAGGAGUUGUGGAACGAUGUGUGAAUAUUGCGUCCAAUGUGAAGGACGUUGUGAGCUGGUGUGGUUCCAUGUUAUGGAAUUCCACCGUGUUCUAA